AUGUAUCUUCAUCCAAAUAACAUCGCUGAAGCGUUCGAACUCAUGAGAAGGGAAUCACAAAUUGGAAAAGGUGCGUAUCGAAACGACCCAGAAGAUCCACCUAACUCAUUAUCUCUCGAGAAGAUAUUGAAUCCUUUGAAAUAUUGCAAGAAGGCAGAUGCAUAUGACAAAUUAUUCUAUGGUAGAGUAGGAUAUCUCUACGAUCUGCAAUUCCUCCGUUCCCACCUACCACCCUCGAUACUCCCCCGUGAAAUCUCCUCUUUGCCUGGAGAGUCUGUCAAAUUGAUCUUGCAAUCUGGUAUAUCCUUAUCCUCCGAAGUAUUACCUGACGACCCGCCAUUAUUGCGUAAAUGGCACGAUAAAACAUGCCUAGGUGCCGCACAUGGUAUGUUAGGGAUAUUAACCAUACUGAUGCCAGAACAUCGGAUAUUCCACCAUGGCGAUCUUCUCACUGAAGAAGAUUUAAGGAUGCUUGAACGAACGGUAGAUUGGUUAAUCCGUCAGCGUGACAACGAAGGGAACCUACCGUCAAGUCUAGAGAAUUCAGGUGGAAACAAUGGUUGGAAGUAG